UUGGCUGCCGGACCGCCUGUCGCCAUUUUCAAAACGGCGAAAGCUUUAUUGCGCAGAGCAGCGUUGUUCAGCGACGGAGUUUAAAUAAAGAGACGGAUCGUUUGAAUAAUUCAAGGUAAUACCAAAACGUCCAUUGACUGCGAGCGGCGUGUCGGACGGUCCCUGGCGGCCGUUUGUUCCACUUUCCCAAUGAGCUCCACUGGUUUCACGAUGGUAACCUUUCGAGACGACAUUACCGCCCGCAGCUAAAGCUAAAGCUAAAGCUAGCGCCUGCCAGAGGGCAGAGUAACGUUAGCUCUCAGCAUCUUAAACCUGCGCGUUAGCGGGACACACGUGACCUGACACCACACUUUCUCAGACGAACCAGUCCCCGCGCCGUGUCCUGUGUUCAAUGUACCGCUGUAAACAUAAGCACCAUCAUCUACUUUAGCAGCUGAGCACACGCGCGGCGGUCUCUCCUCGCAGCGAUGCUGGAGCUGCCGAACUACAGCAGCCAGCUGAUGCAGCAGCUGUGGGCCCUGAGGAAGGAGGGACACUUCUGCGACUGCACCAUCCUGGUGGGCGACAGCACCCACCGCGCACAUAAACUGGUACUGGCCGCCUCCAGCAUGCUCUUCAGGUCUCUCCUGGACGGCUCCGACACCAUCUCCAUCGACACGGCCAUGGUGUCCUCGCAGGAGUUCAGCUGUCUGCUGGACAUGGUCUACACCGGCAAGCUGCCGCUCGGCAAACACAACGUGGGCCGCAUCGUCGCCGCUGCAGACAGCCUGCAGAUGUUCGACGUGGCCGUCGGAUUCAAAAAUGUCCUUACCAGUCUCGUGAGCAAACAAGUCCCAGUGCCAGUGCCACUCGUCUCCGCACAGGCCCCGGGCCUCGCCAUGAUCAACAAAGACCAAAGCGCGGACCCCGAAGGUCCCGCCGUACCCGCGGAGGACUGCGCGCCGGACCAAACGGAGCCUGGACCUGAGCUGAAGAAGAAAGCGGCUCAGAGGGACAGUGAGGACCGAGAGGAGCCAGCACGUAAGAAGGCCUGCGUGGAGCUCUCCGCGUGCUCAGGUGCAGAAGGAGAGCGACCCUCUGAAAGGGCAGAGGAAGAACCCAACAGAACGGCAGCCGAGGCGUCGGACGGGCCUGCCGCCGUUUUUCUGGAACAUUCCUCUCAACUUGUGGAGCUCCUCGGCAGCAUGCCGUCCGUCCUGGAGCUGCUGAGCCAGGCAGCGCAGACCAGUGUGGACGAGCAGGAGAGACCGGUCGUGAGUCAGUGCUGCGCGGAGGCGGGAGCAGACCCCAGGUCAGCGCUGGAGAUGCUGGUGAGCAGAGUGAAGGAGGGCCAGCUCAGUGAGGGAGCGCUGCUCGGGCUGCUCCGCGCCAUUCAACACAAAAACCCCUCCGACUUCCCCUCCCCGCUGCUCCUUCUGCUGGGGGAGGUGCAGAGGGACUCCCAGCAGCCAGAAGGAACUGGAGAUGACUCAGAGAAGCCGAACGGCACCAACAGUAAAGCCCAGCAGGACGAAGAGGAGGAGGAGGAGGAGGAGGAGGAAGAGGAGGAGGGAAGCAUCAAGGAGGAGACCGAGGACAGCGAGAAGGUCGCCGAUGCCUCGCCAAACUCCUCCUCGUCCCCCUCCAAGCCCUACUCCUGUCGCUGGUGCAAGAAGGCGUUUGCCUACAAGUGUCGCAUGCUGGCCCACGUGAAGCGCUGCUCCAUGUCCCAGGAGUGUGAGCAGCAGUGCCCUCAGUGCCCGCUGAAACUGGCCAACCAGCGGGCCCUGCAGCGGCACCGGGCCGAGGCGCACCGCAACACCGCGCGGGCCCAGAAGAAGAAGAAGGUGGCCUGCGACCUCUGCGGGAAGGCCUUCGCCCACCCAUCGGGCAUGACCUACCACAAGCGCACCGAGCACUUUGAGGAGAAACCGUUCACCUGUGACGACUGCGGCGCAAAGUUUGGCGCCAACUCGUCCCUGAAGAAUCACAUGAGGCUGCACACGGGAGAGAAACCGUACCGCUGCAAACACUGUGACAUGAGCUUCGGCGUGGCUGCUGCACUGGCAUACCACACCAAGAAGAAGCACUCUGAGGGAAAGAUGUACGUGUGUCAGUAUUGCAAGGCGGUGUUCGCCCAGUCCAUUGAGCUGACCCGCCACGUGAGAACGCACACUGGGGAUCGGCCGUACGUGUGCAGAGAGUGCGGCAAAGGGUACAGCCAGGCCAGCGGACUCACCGUCCACCUGCACACCUUCCACAAUUUGUCGGAGCCUCGCGACUGUCAAAAGUGUUGCCUGAGCUUCUCCUCGCUGGAGGAGCAUCGCCAGCACAUCCAGGAGGUCCACCCGAAGGAGUUCCACAAGUGUCCCACCUGUAGCAAGAUGUUCACCAGCGCCGCCCUGCUGGACAAACACAAAGGCACACACAGCGGGACCAAGCCCUUCAGCUGCGACCUGUGCAACAAGUCUUACCAGCAACUGUCAGGCCUGUGGUACCACAACAGGACCAACCACCCGGAGGUGUUUGCCAACCACACCCGGCAGCUCAAGACCCUGGUCCAGUGUGACGUCUGCUUCAAGUUCUUUCCCAGCGCCGCCACUGUGGCCAAACACCAGGCCGCUGAGCACCAAGGCUCGGCGGCUGCGGCGGGGGCGGCGCUGCAGUGUCCCUACUGCCCGUCCCUGUUGGGAGGGGAGGAGGAGAUGCAGGAGCACAUCGGCAGCCAGCACGUGGCCCCCGGCGAGGCGUUCAGCUGCCCCCCCUGCUCCCUGGUCUGCUCCUCCCAGCUGGAGCUGCAGGACCACCUGCUCUCCUGCCACAUGGAGACCCCGGGGGCCUCCACCUCCCACGCAGAGAUAGCAACGGACCCAACAGACAUCGGAGGGGCGGAGUCAAUCCUCUGUGAGGAGCAGGCCCAGCAGGUGUUUGUGGCGCUGGCCGGUGGACGGGAGGGGGCGGAGUCGGCGGAGGUGGUGGAGGUCAACGUGUAUGACCUGCUGAACAGCUCCGUCGCAUUCAUCUGUGAGGACAAACCGCCAGGACCCGACCCUUCGCCGUGAACUCUGACCCCUGGAGGUUGAGUGCAGCGUCCUGGUGUGAGCACUCUUCCUACAGCAGGCUGAACCGACACAACGCUCAUCCAUGUUGGGCCCGUCAGCGCUUGUGUAGCAGUUUGAAUGACUUUAUAAUCACAUACAGGUUGGCUGCGUCAAACACAGACGCACAAAAAACAACCUGAGCUUCGUGGUGCUGCCUCGUGCGUCUCCACCUCAGAGACGGAAUGUGGACUCGAGCAGGUGGGUGUCACAGCACUGAGGCCGAUCACAGUGAACGUGCUCGAGUGUGCGUACCACGUGGACAGGAACAGUUGGACGUGUAUUCAUGAUACUGUAAAGCAGCAGAAACGAGAGCAGGUGCUUCUGCGUCCAGGUCGGACCCGGAGCCGUGAGUUGGAAAACAUUUUUAAGGAUCACUUUCCUCAGCUUUUUAAAACAACUCUGCAAACCCACUUUACUCAUUUGUUCCCAAAAACGAUAUUUACAAAGAGAAAAAUGGCACUUUAGUUCGGAUGUGUCCUUAUUAUGUGCAAGUAUCUAACAGUAUAACUUAAAUAAUUUGUAUUAAUGGUUGCGGUCAGAAUCUCUUUGGCAAUUGGAAAAAUACAGAUUGUUUAAUAAAUGUCUUACAUAUUUUUUUAUACUGCAAAAAAAGAUUUGUCUCAUUGGAAAUAAAAGCAAACAAUUCAAACGUA